AUGAAAUUAUCAUAGUUAAUUUAUGAAUACCUGCAUAGAAAAUACACAAAAACAAAAUAAAAGAAUGAUGAUUCAUAUUCUAAGCAAAUAGAAUUUGAAAAUGGAGACACAGUAAAUUUAAAGGGCUUCUCUUCUUCAGAAUUAAAAAAUAAAAUUUCCACUAUAUAAUCAUUGGGGAGUAUUAUAUGGAGAUAUUUGAGGAGGCCGUUCAAUUACAUUUUUCUGAUGAUUAACAUUAUAUGUCUGAGCAUAACUCAAGACAAUUCACAAGUUAUCUACGGAUUUGUCAUUCCAUUUCUAUUUGGUAUAGUGAUGUAUUUGAUAAAAACAUUUUAUUAUAUGAAAUUGGUGAAUGGCGAGGACAAUUUAAUAAACAAAAGACGGGUGAUUGUGUUUAAGAAACUGAAGAAAAUAUUGCAUAACAAGAAAAUCGGUUUAAUGGAAUAUGAGCAAAAAUUAAAUAAGACCCAAAUGAUAUCAACUCAAAGAGCAGACAAGGGGAUGAUACCACCGUCCCCCCAGCCUUUGACCGAAUUGAACGAGAGCACAAAAGUGAGCAUCAUAGAGACAAUAAGAUGGGAAGACUUGGAGAUUGGAGACAUCAUAAUAUUACAAAGGAAUGAGAUUUGUCCCUCGGAUUGUCUGAUAUUGGAGUCAAACCAGGAGAGAUGUUACACCGAGGAGGGAAUAAAGAGUGCUAACGAAUUAACAUCCUUGCCCAAGAUGCAUUAAUUCAAGGGAAAUGGCUUUGAAUAUCGAUUAUUGCUGAGUGGGAAGGUGACCUUCGACAAGGAUUACAAAUCUGAGUGCUUCUACACAGGGUUUAUUCGAUUGAAGAAUGACCCUCAGGCUGUUGAUAUCAAGAGGGAGAAUAUCCUGUAUAGAGGACAACAAUUGCAGACUUGUGAUUAUGUGUAUGGACUUGUGUUGAGUUGUGGUUUGAAUUGUAAAUAUUAUCAUUUGAGCAAGUUUGAGAAGUCAACUAAGUCUUUCUUUGAAAACAAGAUUGACACCUUCUACAAAUUCACAUUAAUCCUCAUAAUUUUGUUAUCGUUUGUGUCUUGGAUGAUUGAAUCAAUCAGAUUGGUUGAUUAAGGGUGGAAGAUACAAUAUUUAGCUGAUCACUUUCUGAUUUACUUGAAUAUGUUGCCUUAUUAUUUGAUAGGAUUGUUGGAUCUACUGUAAAUUCUGAGUUCAAGUUAGAAACUGUUCAAAUUCAAUAAGCAGAAGGGAGGACAGAAUAGUGAGAGUCAGUAGGAAUUCAAUAUAUUCGUGAAUCACAAGAUGGACUUAAAUACAGUGUACAGCAAAUUGAAUGCAACUCCUAUAGCUGAUUUGUCUUUGGUGGAUUCUGUCAUUUUUGACAAGACUUGUACGAUGACCAUACCGCAAUUUAAAAUUAAAUUAAUUUUGAUAAAUGAGACAUUCUACGAAAUUCAUAACAAAACAUUUAAGAAUACAACCGAAUGGAAGAAGUAUCAGAAGGAGGUGUUAGAUAAUUAGGAGAUGCUCUUCAUUCAGGAUUAAUCCUUGUCUCCUAAUUAGAUCUCAUCCAUCAAGGUGUCACCCCAUCAUCGACCCAUGAGUCCUGCUAAAAGAGCCUCAGUCACGCCUUGGAGAUUGGAGGACAACUUGGUGAACAUUGAACCCAAUUUUGAGUAAGAUAUACGUGAGACAAGUUAAUAGGAAGAAGCCAACUUCAAUGCUGAAGAGAUUGCAGACGAUCAUUCCAAAUUGAAAGAGAUCCAUAGAACCAAACCUCCAAAACUGUUUCAAAUAGAUUCUUGGGAAUCCGGCACUGAUUUAGGAGGCAUGAUCAAUCAGCUCAAUGAAUAAAGGAUGAUCAAGUCUUAAUCUCCAAUCAAGGAGACAGCCAGACGUAAGUUCAGCGAGAGAAGACCAAUAUUAGAGAAAAUGGAACCAAAAAAGAAGUUAUCGGCUGAUCGAUUCUACAAGACCGAUGAAUUCAACAUUCAAUAUGAUAGACAAGAUGACUUUAUUAGUAAUGAGAAGGAAAUCUUUAGUAAAUCAUUGACACCAGAAUAUAGAGGGGUCAUUGAGGAAUCAUUGUUUAUCCUCAUCAUUUGCCAUAACACUUAGACCAAAUAUCUGAAGAAGCAGGAUUCAUUAUAAUAAGAAUUUAACAAUCAGAUAGAUGAACUACAAAUUAAUUUAGCUUAGAAUUAUGAUUAUAAAUUUAUUGGAUCCACCUUUGGGAAAAACAAGUACAUUAUUGAGAUUAAAGAGAAUCUAGUAGAAAUUCCAGUGACAGUCACUUAAUUAGAUAAUAACAAAUUGUCUGUGAUCACUUAGAUUACUGAUUAUAACAAAUUGUUAGCGUUUCAAUUCAAUGAUAAAUUUGAAUACAUUUAAUACAUCAGAGAGGAUGGUUUGGAAUUGAUCGAGGGGAUAAACAUGGACAAGGAGGACAAGGAUGUUUGGAAUGGAAUAAUCAACAAAAUUAUACAGAGAGGUUGUAGGCCAAUAAUCUAUUAUAAAUACAACAUGGACUAAAACAGUUAUAAUUUAUUUGUAAAGAAUCCAUUAGAAGAGAUUAAAAAUAAGUAAAAUCAAUUGGAAGUUGUGUUAAUUGUUGGAGUGUAAGAAAAAUUGAAGAAAUAAUUGAAGGAUAUCAUCAACUAUUAUCAGAAUGCAGAUAUAUCUAUAUGGAUUGCCAGCGGUGAUACAAAAAAUAAAGUAUUGCCCAUAGCCUAUAAAUCAAGCAUUUUGAAAGAAAAUAUUCAAAUCUUAAAAAUAGAAUCAAACGACAUGAUCUCUUAGCAGAUUAAGUCACAUAUUCUUUGGUGCUAUAAUAAUCUGAUUAAACAGUUAAGGGAAGAGCAAAAUGAUAAAAAGAAUAAUGAAAAAUUACUCAGUAGUCCUAAUAACAAGAGAAAAUCAAUAAAUGUGGCUAGAAGAGCCAGCACAAGAGGUGUUUUAAUAGGCAUGAAUAAUAACUUAUCCAAAACCAAACCGUUUUGUAUUAUGAUUGAAGGGAAGGCUCUGGAGACUAUUGAAAAUGAUGAAAACUUGUAUCAUCAUUUGGCAUUUCUAGUCUCAUUCUGUACUCACCUUAUUGGUUAUUCAAUGAAUAAGUAUUAGAAAGGUGUUUUGAUUAAGAUUCUACAGAAAAAGCAAUUGUAAAGGAGAAGGAUAUUGGUUGUAGGAGACGAGGCUAACGAUUCGAUUAUCAUGGAAAAUUCAGAUUUCGCAAUAUAAAUUCAGAAUGAGAGAGCGAGUUAAAAAAUAAAAAUAGAAAAAAUGGAGUAAAUUGAGAGAGUAAAAAAGGAGAGUAACAUAAAUAAUAAUGCACAGGUUUCCAACAAAUUAUCAAAAUACAAGCAUUUGCAAUAACUCUACUCUAAUAGAUAAUUAGAUAAAUUUAUCUAUUCUAAAGUGAGACAUAUGAGCACAGCAGAUCUCAUUAUUAAGGAUAUGAAUAAUCUAAUAACAUUAUUAUUUUAUGACAGUAGAAAGCAUGCAGAAUUUCUCGAGAAUUUAAUGAUAUAUGCAUUUUAUAGAUGCUAUUUGAUAAUGUUUUGCCUAUUUUUCCAGCGUAUCAUGGAAGUGUAUAAUGAAGUUCCUCCUCUCUCAUAUUACUAAUCUAUCAUGUUUAUAUUGCCUUCGUUGUUGCUAUACAAGUAGUCAAUCCUGAAUAAUAGAAACAUCACUGAUUUUAAAUAACAAUUAGUUUACUUUUAUAAUCAGAAUUGGAUUCAAUUCAGAAAGCACAAAUAUUGGUUGUUCAUUUACAAAGUAUUAUUGCUCUCCAUAUUUGAAUCCUUCAUUAUAAUAAUAAUUUAAAAGUACAUAGAAUUUUAUACAGAUGAUGGCAGAGAUUUUGAUAAUUCUAUUCAGUCUUUGUAAAUGUAUUCAAUAAUCAUUGUGGUUGAGCAAAGUAAAUGGAUCUAUGACAGCAUAGUCUAUUGGUGGAUAUUAUUAAUCGUACUCUAUUUGUUGACCUUGGUCAGUUAUAUUCAAAUAUUCAAUGAAACUUACUAUCAAAUUCUGGAACACCUAAUCAACAUUCAAAGUGUAUUCUACAUCUUACUCAUAAUUCUAAUAAUUUACACACUUUAGCAAUUGCUUUUUUAAUUCAUUCCUUAUACGAUAGACAAGUUGAUGUUUUCAGUUAAGGACAAGAUUUAGAUUUGCGGUCUAUUGAAGCCAAUAGAGAUAUACUAUUCUAAAAAGAAGAACAAUAGCUCGCUUCUGUUGAAUAUCUAGAAGUAUGCUUUGAAAUUGUUUAAGAAUGAAGAUGAAAUGGAUUCUUCGAUAAGAUCGAUGUUGUCUGGAAUGGCCUUGAGUGAAAAGAGCAUAAAAAUCAAUAAGUUAACUCAAUAGUUCAAGAAUAUUCAAUUAGAAACCAAAUAUCAAUUGAAUGAGUUGACAUCAAUUUUAGAAUAUUACAGAUUCUAUUAUCCAUUGAGCUGGAUGUUGGUGGAGGGGGCAAUCUUGUUGCAAAUUUGGUUUGUCAACAAGGACCGCAAUUAUACUUGGCUACUGGAUUUUUCAUAUGGAUACAACGGCACUUAAUUAUUGAUGGCUCUGUUCAUCUACACAUCAGUGUUUAAGAAGUACCAUUUCAGAUUGUCAAAAAUCUUGAUUCUCUCUCGUCUGUUGUACAAGAUCGUGUAUGAUAUCUAUUUUUUCUAACAGAAUGACAACUCCUUGAGUGACAUGCUCAUUAUGCAGUUGUUCAUGUUGCAACCAUUAAUUGAUGAUAGGCCCUUGACCAUAAUCUUCUAUUGCAUCAUAGUCAACAUCAGUUUCAUCAUCAGAUUUAGUGCCAACAAUACGUCCAUCAAUUAGAACAUAAACACAUACAUCAUGCUCAAUUAUUAUCUCAUAGCAUUUAUGUAGACAGCCUUGAGUAGCGGGAUGCAUUUGAGAGUGCAAAGGAAUCUGAGACAGGAGUUCAUUCAGAAUUUGCAAUUGAAUUAGAAAAUCAAUUCGAUAAGUGACACACUCUCGAUUCUGAUGCCAAAGUUCAUCAGGAACAUGAUCAAUCAGAAAGGAGAGUUUGACAUUUAGGAGAAUCAAGGGGAGGUAGCAAUUCUAUUUUGCGAUAUUUGUCAAUUUGACACAAUAAUCAAGGUGCAACAAUAGAAUGUGGUUCAUUUGCUGGAUAUCCUAUUCAGACAAUAUGAUUCUUUGUGCAAUCAAUACAACCUGCAGAAGAUAGAAACUGUUGGCAAGACAUACAUGGCAGCUUCUGGGUUGAAGAAUCUAAUAUCUUAAAAUAACAUUAACCCAGUUCUUAGAGCUCUCCAAGUGGCCUUUGAGAUGCAGAAGUUUGCUUUGUCCCAGAGUUUUGGUUAGACUGAAAACAUUGUCGUGAAGAUUGGAGUGCAUUAUGGCAAUGUGAUUGCUGGUGUUAUUGGGUAUCAUAAACCCUAGUUUUCUUUGAUUGGAGAUACUGUCAAUACCACCAGUCGGGUUUGUUCCACUGCAUAGGACAAUCAAAUCAAGAUAUCUGAGGAGGCAUUCAAGCAGGUCUCCAAUUGUCCUGACUUCACCUUUACUUUGGAUAUAGUGGAGGCGAAAGGAAAGGGUCAAUUGGCCACCUAUUUGGUGUAGGAAGUGAUAAAGGAGAAGAUUUCAAGGAAGAAGCUGAGGAAAUUCAAAGAUGACAUGCAGAUAUUCCUAAAUAGAGAUGAUUAUCCAGGCAAGCAUCGAAAAUCCAUAUUUGAAUUCAAGAACUCUCGCAAACCCACCAUCGUGUAAUCAAGCCUUAAGAUAGUGACACCCCAAUUGCUGCAUAAAUCGAGUAUCAACUUAGACAAUCAAAAUCUUACCUUGAAUAAUAGCAAUAACAAUAACAAUGUGUCCCAGCAUCAUUCUAGAGGCGAGAGUGAUCAAUUGCAACCUCCGACAAAGGAGCAACAACCACUCACUAUCACAGGGUAGAACCUAAUCGAAGCACUCGAAAUCAAAUUAGCUCGGGAGAAUCUCAUGUUUGAAGAUUCCCUGGAAUUCCCUUUGGUUGAAGUAGACAAGGACAAGUUAAAACAGAUUCAUUAGGCUGAGGACGAGUUCAAAGAGAUGGAUGUGUUGAUUUUGGACAAAAAGAGAUUGUACCUUGACUUUCAUUCCGAAGUCGAUGAAGAGGUCAUCCAAGAGUUUUACCAGCAAUUGAGGAAGUAAAAUAAAAUACUGGUGAUUCUCUUGGAACUUGGAAUGGGCAUACUAAUCCUCAUUUAAAAUACAUCCACUAUUUUGAUUGACAACAUUUUCAGAGAGAUUACAGUUUGGUACAUUAAUAUUGUGUAGGGAUACAUGAUUGUCUUUGUUAAAUUGAUAUUCAUCUGUUUAUUGUUCAAUGAGCAAUAUUGCAAUCACUUUUUCAAACAGAAAUACUUUAUAGGGUUCUACAUCUUCAUUUUAAUCUGGUGGAUCAUGCACAUCUUCAGUGUCAAAGAAGGGAUAAUAGGAGAAGUCUGUAUUGCCAUUGGGAUCUUUCUCUCCUUCUUGACUCAAUUGAACCCCAUAAUCAAAAUGAAAUACAAGGUUGUUGAGAGCAUUGUCAUGAUUUGCAUGAAUAUCAUAGCCGUCGUGUCUAAUAAUUGGGAUAAUUCCCUAAUUUACUACGCCAGUCUACUCCAAGUAAUAUUUGUAUCAAACCAAAUCUAUAAAUUCUUGAAGAAUGUUGAGGCUUACAACUAAAAAUGCAAACUCAAAUACAAGCAUGAACAAUUAGAUCAGUUAGUAAAACAUCAAUUGCCAACUCACAUGCUUGAUCAAUUUUUAUAAUUACAACAAUCCAGAGCAGUCUUGAAGGAUCAACAUGAGGAUGUCACUCUUCUGUUUGCUGAUAUCGCUGGGUUUACAGAGUAUUCAAGCAAAGUGGCUCCUGAAUAAGUCGUAUUUAUGUUGCGGAAUCUAUUCACUGAAUUUGAUAAGUGUUGUCAGGAGAAGAAUGUGUAUAAGUUAUAUACCAUUGGGGACUGUUAUGUGGUCAUGGGAAUGGUGGAUGCCAAAGACAGAAAUCCAGCCUUGGAGGCUAAAAACACUGUGGAAAUGGGAUUCGAAAUGAUCAACAUCAUCAGCAAGGUCAGAGACAAAAUCAAUAAUUCAGAUCUGGAUAUGAGGAUAGGUAUACACACUGGGAAAAUCAUCGGAGGAGUUCUUGGAACUGAUAUUGUGAGAUAUGAUAUCUAUGGGCCAGACGUGUUGAUAGCUAAUAAAAUGGAAUCGAAGGGGGAAAGAGGAAAGGUGUAAGUCUCAGAAUCUACAAAAAAAACAUUGGAAUUAUGCUAUCCAGAAGAAUUUCAGUAUUUUUCUCAUUGCAUUGUUGAAAUUCCAUCUAUUGAUAGAAAAACUGAAGGCCAUUUUAUUUCAAUCAAAACCUUCCAAGAACCAUCAAUGGAUGUAUAGAAUUUUAAUUGA